GUCGGGCGCCAGGGCCGAGCUGUGGCUGUGGUGGCGGUAGUGGUGGCGGUAGUGGUGGCGGCGCCCGGGCAGCAACGGCAGCGGCAGCGGCAGCCCUGAGCAGGGUGAGACGGCCGCGAUGGCGGCAGCUCGGGGUCGGGCGGCGCCUGGAGCUUCCCGCCCGUCGCUGGCGCUAGGCCCCUCGGCUCUCCUCUGCCCGCUCCUCCUCACGGCCCUGGCUGGGUCCCGGCAGCGUGCCGCCGGGGAGGGCGGAGCCGUAGGUGGAGGAGUUACUGAUGGCCAUGGAGAAGGUAAAACAGGAGCUGGAGUCCGUGAAGGCGACGCUGUCCUGCACUCAGCAGUCACUGGCAGAGAAGGAAACUCAUGUGACCAACCUUCGGGCCGAGAGAAGAAAACACUUAGAGGAAGUUCUGGAGAUGAACACAUGCAAAUGACAGUCCAGGCUCUCCAGGAUGAAUUGCGGAUCCAGAGGGACCUAAACCAGCUGUUUCAACAGGAUAGUAACAGUAGGACUGGUGAGCCUUGCGUGGCAGAGCUGACGGAGGAGAACUUUCAGAGGCUGCACACUGAGCAUGAGCGGCAGGCCAAGGAGCUGUUCCUCCUUCGAAAGACUCUGGAGGAGAUGGAGCUGCGGAUUGAGACUCAGAAGCAAACCCUGAACGCUCGGGACGAAUCCAUCAAGAAGUUUCUGGAGAUGUUGCAGAGCAAGGGGCUUUCUGCUAAGGCUACUGAGGAGGACCAUGAGAGAACAAGGAGACUGGCAGAGGCAGAGAUGCAUGUCCACCACCUCGAAAGCCUUUUGGAGCAGAAGGAAAAAGAGGACGCUCUGUUGAGAGAGGAUUCAGAAAUUUCCUCUAUGGAGCGUGGGCUCCGAGACUUGGAAGAGGAGAUUCAGAUGCUGAAAUCAAACGGGGCUUUGAGUACUGAAGAACGAGAGGAAGAAAUGAGGCAAAUGGAGGUCUAUCGGAGCCAUUCUAAAUUUAUGAAAAACAAGAUUGGUCAGGUGAAGCAGGAGCUGUCCAGAAAGGACACAGAACUACUAGCCCUACAGACAAAGCUAGAAACACUCACCAACCAGUUCUCAGACAGCAAGCAGCACAUUGAAGUGCUGAAGGAGUCCUUGACUGCUAAGGAGUCGAGGGCUGCCAUCCUGCAGAACGAGGUGGAUGCUCUGGGGUUGCGUUUGGAAGAGAAGGAAACCAUGCUGAAUAAGAAGACAAAACAAAUCCAGGACAUGGCUGAGGAGAAGGGGACCACAGCUGGAGAGAUCCAUGACCUCAAGGACAUGCUGGAUGUGAAGGAGCGGAAAGUUAAUGUCCUUCAGAAGAAGAUUGAAAAUCUCCAAGAGCAACUUAGAGAUAAGGAAAAGCAGAUGAGCAGCUUGAAGGAGCGAGUCAAAUCCUUGCAGGCUGACACCACCAACACUGACACCGCCUUGACUACUUUGGAGGAGGCCCUUGCCAAGAAGGAGCGGACAAUCGAACGCUUGAAGGACCAGCGGGAGCGAGAUGAGCAAGAAAAGCAGGAGGAAAUUCAUAACUACAAAAAAGAUCUUAAAGACCUGAAAGAAAAAGUCAGCCUAUUGCAAGGCGACCUCUCAGAGAAAGAGGCUUCACUCUUGGAUCUGAAAGAGCAUGCUUCUUCCCUGGCUUCCGCAGGACUGAAAAAGGACUCACGGCUUGAGACACUAGAAAUUGCUUUGGAGCAGAAGAAGGAAGAGUGUCUGAAGAUGGACUCGCAGUUGAAAAAGGCACACGAGGCAGCAUCGGAAGCCAGAGCCAGUCCAGAGAUGAGUGAUCGAAUACAGCAAUUGGAGAGAGAGAUUGCCAGGUACAAAGAUGACUCUAGCAAGGCCCAGGCAGAAGUUGACCGCCUCUUGGAAAUCUUGAAGGAGGUGGAAAGUGAGAAGAAUGACAAAGAUAAGAAGAUUGCUGAGUUGGAAAGGAGAAUCUUGGUACCAGGACCGCAGAAUGAAGAACUUGGAGUCCCCGUGGCUAAUCCAGCGGAGGGAAAAGGAGAAACAGAGACGGGAGAGAAAAUAAAGGGAACCCUUGGUGCUGCUGCAGGCCCAAGUCCAGACUCGCAGGCUUUCUGGACCUCUGAGGAACAGAAGCACUUCACAGAACCUCUGCUACAGAACCAAACAUAUUGAAAUGACUCUUUACGAAGAUAUUGAAACAACGGAAACAGAAGACAUGACGAUUGUUUCUCCUGAGGGUUCAGUUACCUAGGGGGCCUUUAGCAAACUUUGAUUGAUACAUCUAACCCUUCCUUCCUUGGCAAUAAUUGAUCACACUGUGAGGAAAACAAGUUAGAGAAUGGAAAAAUAAUAUUUGGAUUUCAACGAAAUAAUAAAAAUGCAGGGAGUAUCUUUGACUUUUGCAAAGGUGAGAAGAGAGUUUCCAUUUUGAUUAUUUGAUGGCAGGAAUCCCUUUUAAAAUAGGGCCAGUCUGCAUGAUGCAUUGAAAAAUCAACCUUUUCAAAUACAGCCAUAACCCCCACAAGAUUUCUUGAUUUCUCUGGGGUCAGAUAAACCAUCACAUUUCACAGUGGUGCCCUGUACAUGAAAGUGAUAAGCAUAAUCUGGAAGCACAGCAGUGGCUAAAACUAUGGAGCUGGCAGCCAUUCGCUGAAAUGAUUUUUUGCUUUUCAUUCAUUGCAUAAAAUGCUCAUGUCCAAAUUCAGGCAGGUAGAUCUUACCAGCCAUCAAGAGCUUCAACCCUGCUAACAGUUAAGUAUGCACUUUUAAACCCUACUUUGACUGCUCCAGAAACUUACUGGGUUUCUUUAAUGCCUCUGUUACUAUUUCCUUUGUGUCAUUUUGUUUUUCUUUCAAAACAUAGCUGUGUGACCUUGGGGAAGUUAUAUUAUUUCCUUGAGACUUGGUUGCCUUCUCUGUGAAUAUCUGGGUAUAAUUUUAGUAUUGCCCAAUAGAAUUUUCAGUGAUAAUGAAAAUAUUCUAUAUCUGUACCGUGCAAUGCAGUACUCAAUAGCUCCAUGGAGCUAAUAAACAUCUUUGAAAUAUGGCAAAUGCAACUGAGGAACUGAAUUUUUAAUCUUAUUUUUAAAUUUGUUUAAAUAUAAAUAAUGCCACGUGGCUAGCAUCUGUUGACAGUACAGAUCUACAUAAUAUUUUAAGGACACUCUCCACUCAAAAACUCUACCAUUCAUUAACUCAGCCUAAAUAUUUUUGCCCUCUGACAAACAGAAAAUAAUUUAUGCUUCCCUUGAAAUUAUCUGUCAAGACCUUUAUCAGUUUGGGGUCAUUCUAUUCUUAAAAUUGACUUUGCUUUAUGAAACUUUAAUAAUGUUGGAGUUUCCUGCCCUUGGUACCACCUUUGUGAUGAUGGGAAAUAUUGGGGAUGAUCAAGGACCAUUUCAAGAGAUCAUGGAGAGAAACCUCCUCCUGGAUUUAAUUUCAUUAUGAGGAUGUCAAAAUGCUGAAUUACUUAAAAUAAAACCCAUACCGUUUU